GGUGUGUGGGGCCCAAAAAUGUGUGGUUUAAGGUUGACGUUUCUAGAAGCUACGAGGUAAUCCUAGAAGCUCAUAGGAUGGUGCCAGUCAUUUCGAGAGAUAUCAAGUAUUUACUAUGGAAUAGGUCAUCGUAUGGGUCUCACAUUUGAAGCUUCCUAUAUAAAUGAGUGUUUUCCUUAUACUCGGUUUCCUCUUCUCACCAUCAAGACAUAAAACCAUAUUCAAUUCGAAUCACUCAUUGAAAUAAUUAGUUUGUUCUAUUUACUCUCUUGCGCUGAAGCUCGGUACUAAACCCCGCAGCAUAAUACCUACAGAACUUAUUACUUGCGUUUGAAACAAUACAACAACGAAAACACACACAUACGAACUGAACACAAUACCGCAAUCAUGUCUACAUCUGACAUGUCCUUUACCACUCGGGCGACGAAGUCCAUAGAAGAUGCCAUGUCCAACGCAGAGCAACAUGGAUCUUCUCAACUUCUCCCCCUCCAUCUCGCCCUCGCCCUCCUCGAUCCUUUACCCGAUCUGUCGAAAGACCAACAGCAAACUAUGAACGCAUCGCAUGGUCAUGCUUCUCAAUCACUAUUCCGACAAGUAGUUGAGCGAGCUCAUGGAGAUCCACAAGCUCUCGAUCGUUCACUCAAGCGCGCUGUUGUUCGUCUCCCCAGUCAAGAUCCUCCACCAGAGCAAGUUGCCGUUUCGCCUGCUUUCAAUAAAGUUUUGAGGGCGGCGAAGGAAUUGCAGAAGACACAGAAGGAUUCUUUCAUUGCGGUGGAUCAUCUGAUUAUCGCAGUUACUCAAGAUACGGCUGUUCAAACAUGUUUGAAGGAAGCCAACAUGCCGAAUGCUAAGCUUCUGCAAGAUGCAGUUUCGCAGAUUCGGGGAACGAAAAGAGUCGAUUCGAAGACGGCGGAUGCAGAGGAGGAUAAUGAGAACUUGAAGAAAUUUACUAUCGAUAUGACGGCGAUGGCUAGAGAGGGAAAGAUCGAUCCGGUUAUUGGCAGAGAAGAAGAAAUUCGCCGAGUCGUUAGAAUUUUGUCGAGACGUACGAAGAAUAACCCAGUACUGAUCGGUGAACCUGGUGUAGGAAAGACGACAGUUGUGGAAGGAUUGGCUCAGCGAAUUGUCAACGCUGAUGUACCGGAUAAUCUUGCUGCUUGCAAACUUCUUUCUCUGGAUGUCGGAUCGAUUAUUGCCGGAAGUAAAUACAGAGGAGAAUUUGAAGAGAGAAUGAAGGGUGUCUUGAAGGAGAUUGAAGAAUCCAAGGAGAUGAUCGUUCUUUUCGUCGAUGAAAUGCAUCUUCUCAUGGGUGCUGGCGCCAGUGGUGAAGGUGGAAUGGAUGCUGCUAACAUGCUUAAACCUAUGUUGGCACGUGGACAGCUUCACUGUAUCGGUGCUACCACUCUUAAUGAAUACCGAAAGUACAUCGAAAAAGAUGCAGCAUUCGAACGUCGUUUCCAACAAGUAUUGGUUAAGGAACCAUCUAUUCCUGAUACCAUCUCUAUUCUCCGUGGAUUAAAGGAGAAGUACGAAGUUCAUCACGGAGUUACCAUUGCAGAUGCUGCUCUUGUUUCUUCGGCUACUUUGGCUGCUAGAUAUCUUACACAAAGACGACUCCCAGAUUCUGCUGUUGAUCUUAUUGAUGAAGCAGCAGCAGCUGUUCGAGUUGCCCGAGAAUCACAGCCUGAGAUUAUCGACUCCCUCGAUCGAAGACACCGACAACUCGAGAUUGAAAUUCAUGCUUUGUCUCGUGAAAAGGACGAAGCUUCGAAGGCUCGCUUAGCUCAGGCUAGGCAAGACGCUAGUAACGUCGAGGAAGAACUUAGACCUCUACGUGAGAAGUAUGAAAGCGAGAGAAAGAGAGGCAAGGAUAUCCAAGAAGCUAAAGUUAAGCUUGAUCAAUUGAAGGUCAAGAUGGAUGAAGCUACUCGUUUGGGUGAUACCAGCAAGGCCGCUGAUCUCCAAUACUACGCUAUUCCAGAACAAGUAGCAUUCAUCAAGACUUUGGAGAAAGAGAAAAAGGCUGCUGAUGCGGCUCUUAGCUCUUCCUCUAACCUCGAUUCCGGUGGAUCUCUCAUCACUGACACCGUUGGCCCAGACCAAAUUAACGAGAUUGUUGCUCGAUGGACUGGUAUCCCUGUUCAAAGACUUAAGGCUACGGAGAAGGAUAAGUUGUUGAACAUGGAGAAAGCAUUAGGCAAGGUAGUUGUCGGUCAAUCGGAAGCUGUGAAAGCAGUUUCAGAUGCCAUUCGACUUCAAAGAGCAGGACUCUCAAACCCAAACUCGCCACCAAGUUUCCUGUUCUGCGGUCCAUCUGGUACUGGUAAGACACUUCUUACCAAAGCUCUUGCCGAUUUCCUCUUCGACGAUGAAAAGUCUAUGAUCAGACUCGAUAUGUCCGAAUAUCAAGAACGUCAUGCACUUAGUCGUAUGAUUGGUGCACCACCUGGAUACGUUGGACAUGAUGCCGGAGGACAACUUACCGAAGCCCUUCGUCGCAAACCCUUCUCUAUCCUUCUCUUUGACGAAAUCGAAAAAGCAGCAAAGGAGAUUCUUACAGUUCUUCUUCAACUCAUGGAUGACGGCCGUAUUACCGAUGGCCAAGGACGUGUUAUUGAUGCUAGAAACUGUAUAGUCGUCAUGACGUCCAAUUUGGGUGCCGAAUUCCUUGAUCGUCCUAAUGCUGCUAACGGAAAAAUUGAUCCUACUACUCGUAUGAUGGUUGAACAAGCUCUCAAGGAUUACUUCUUACCGGAAUUCUUGAAUCGUAUCAAUGCUACAAUUAUUUUCAAUCGUCUUACUAAGAGAGAAAUCCGUUCGAUUGUCGACGUUCGACUUGGAGAAAUUCAAAAGAGACUGCAAAAUAAUGGUAGAAAUGUUCGAAUCGAUUGUUCUCCUGCGGUGAGAGAUUAUCUUGGCUCAGCAGGUUAUAGUCCGGCAUAUGGUGCUAGACCUCUGGCAAGAUUGAUUGAGAAAGAGGUGUUGAACAGAAUGGCGGUGUUAUUAUUGAGGGGAGCGAUUAAGGACGGAGAGCUUGCAAGAGUUGUAAUGCAAGAUGGUAGAAUUGAGGUUUUACCUAAUCAUCAAGGUAGCAGCGAGGAAGUGAGUAGUGAAGAUGAUAUGGAAAUAGAUGAAGUGGAUGCGAAUGAGGCAUUUGGUAGGAGGGGAGGAAAUAGAGGCUAUAGAUAUGAAGGGGAUAGUGAUGGAGACAUGGAUUUGUAUCAAUAAAGGACUUGAUAUAAGGGGAUAAAUGGAUAAUUAUGAUGAUGGUUAAUGAUUAAGGAAUGACAUUGGCGUUGGGUGUUUGGGAAUUAGGUCUAGAAUCAGCUUAUGAUAAUCAAAAGAAAUCAAAUAUACCCUGAAAGCUUCA